AUGGAUUUAAGUUGGCCAGAGGAUUCAUUGGAUCCUUUCCUCUCGAACUCUCCAACUCCCGCUUCAAUCAAGAACCAAUACAAUGUUAAAUACCAAAACCCUCUAAAAAUAGACAUCAAUCAAAACAGUUCGACCUUUAAACCCAUCCCGCUACCUGAUGAUAUCAUUGGAUUUGAUCCUGGUCUGAACAUGAAUAUGAAUAUGAAUUUAGGUCCGGGAAUGGGGAUGGGGAUGUCAUUGGACAUUGAUGGAAAUUUACCCUUGACUCAACUCGAUAAUAAUGAAAAUAUGAGUUUCAACUUUGAAAACUAUUUGAAAGAUGAUAUUAAUGAUUUGGACAAUGAUUACCUUGAUGCGCACUUGAUGAAACCACAACAACAACAAGAAUCAAACGAGGAUGAUAUUGAAAAAGUUCUUCUGGAUUUAGGUAUAUCCGAGGCGCCGUCACAUGACCCACAUCAUACCCAUUGUGAUCACUCUAGUAAACAGCCUCAGAGAGGCCAUAAGAGGCAAUUGAGUGGCUCGGGUAUUUUUGGAUUUGUAGGUGUAGGUGAGAACACCCAAUUGUCAAUACCUGGUGUUGAACCAGUGCAAUUUUAUGAAAAGAAACCGCUCUAUAAAGAAGAUGACAUCUACUCAAAUUUAAAUUUAGAUGACAUUUCAACAACUGAGUUUUUGAAUAAUUUGAACUCAACAAGCUUAUUAAAUGGCAAUGAUAGAAACAAUGUCGAUAAUACACUAUUUCCUAAAAAAUCCGAUAAUAUACAAAAUUCACAGACCACAAACCCACUCUCAUUAUCCCACACGCCAUUAAAACCAAACUUAAAGGAAAACCCAGACUAUUAUGUACCGUCAGGAAAUCAAAGAUCUUACAAAUUCCCACCAUCACCUCCUAAGGGUACAUUUAAUUCAAAUGCUUCUUCUAAUCUGAAUCCUUUUGUCACAAAUCAAAUUAAAGUAGAGAAUAAUGUUAAUCCCGAUUUAACAAUCAAAUUACCACCGUCGGAAUUCACAUCGCCUAAAACAAACAAACUUUCUUCGCCCCUUCAAAUCUCUCCAAUUCAAUCUUUUGCACAGUCUUCACCGAUUAAAAACAUCAAUUUACAAACCCCAAGGACUUCAUUAUCACCAAACAAAAAUUUAAUGCAAGCUUUGAUAUCUUCACAAAGUAAGUUUAAAAUUAAGAGUUUGAAAGGCCUAAGCACUAACGAUAAUGAUAAUGAAACGACCAUACUAGCAGACAUCAAUGAUGAUGACAAAACAAUCUCCGCAAUGGCAACUCCUUCAAAAAAAAUCAAUUUUUCCAACGAUGCUCUAGUGACUCCAACAAAGAAAAAAUCACAGUUGCCUCAACCAACUCACUUAACAGGAUCACCAAAAUUAGAAUUAUUAAGACAGCAAAAUGUGCUGAAAUGCUCAAAGAGACCGAUAGUAAGAAAAAAGCCGACGAUCAAAUCAACUUUAGAAGCAGGAACUUUGGAUAAAUAUUUUGAAGGCCCCGAUGAAGAAGGUAAAUUUACAUGUAAGUUCUUUGAGGAGGACAUUCAAUGUUUUUGUAAUAGGAAAUUCACGAGAAUAUCAAAUACUAGGGCGCAUAUUCAAACACAUCUUUCUGAUAGACCCUUUGUGUGUGAUGUUUGCGGUAAGGGAUUUGUUAGAAAUCAUGAUUUGGGACGACAUAAAAAGGGACAUUCGGGCCCUCAAAAUAUUUGUCCGUGUGGGAAGAAAUUUCCUAGGAUUGAUGCCUUAAAACGACAUAGACAAAGAAACAUCUGUAUUGGUGGCAUCGAUAGAGAAGGUGUAACAAAGCCAGAAAAUAAAAAUACAAAGACUAACUCAAAAAAAUUAAAUGACCACAGUAGAACCCAAAAGCUAUUAUCAAAUCUCAAUGAUGAUUUAAAGAACAAUCUUGACAGUAAAAACCAUAAAAAUGUUCAAAUACCCGAAAAUCCAGAUCAACAGUAUCAUGGAAUAGUCACGCCUCCCCACCAACAAGUACCUCCUCCGCAACCUCCAUUAGGCCAGCCGAUGGGGUUGUUUUCUGAGAAUAAUGAAAAGAACGUUGACUUGAUGAGCUUAAACCAAAUCUCAGUUGUUCAAGAUAGCUUUUUUAAUCUUAAUGAGAACCUAGAAAUAUGA